AUGUCUGAGAAGUCUGCUCCCGGCGGCAAGUGGGCCAAUCCGGCCCUCCUCGAGGCUCUGGCUAUGGGAUUCCACACCGUUGCCAAAGGCGAAGGCCUUACGAAGGAAGCCAAAGACGCCGUCAUCCUGAAGAUCCACGCAUAUGGCUUCACGGAUAUCACCUGGGAAGCUGUCCGGUGUAUCUUGGUCUCUAUGGUCAAGACAAUGGUUCCAUCCACUGACCAGUACUCGCUCAUCAUCGAAGAGCUUCAUGCCCUCGGUCAUACAAUGACCGCUUCUGCCUUGAAGUGCGCCUUCCACAUUUUCCCUUCGGCCUUUCCCACUUCUGCCUCUCCAGCACUCUCCUUCCCGCCACUUCCCACAUAUACCCCCAGAUCAAGCGAUCUCUCAGUUUUUUCCUGCCUUAAACUCUCAUCUUCACUCCCAUUUUCACUCCAAUCACCACCACUCGCCUAUCUCAUUACCACCUGCCUUACAUUACCAUUUUCAUACCUCCCACUGCCAAUCAAGAUGGCUCCAGUCACCGUCUGGAACGAUGAGGCCCGAUCUGACCUUUUGGUUGCGCUUCUGUCGGUCAUCAAGCCCUCUAAGGAGGACUGGGACCGCGUUCUUCCUAUAGUCCAUGCCAAGGGCUAUGUCUACAACGCCAAUGCUGUCACGCAGCACAUCCAGAAGCUCCAGCGCAAGGAGCUUAACGCCGGCGACGGCGGCGACGGUGAGGCAUCUGCCUCCGCCACUCCCAAGAAGGCUGGCAAGAAGGCUGCUACCCCCAAGAAGGCCGGUACCCCCGCUACUCCCAGAAAGCGCAAGACUCCCGCCAAGUCCAAGGCCAAGGUCGAGGAGGCCAAUGAGGAUGAUGAGGACGACGAGAAGGAGGCUCCUCCCCCCAAGAAGCCAUGCACCCCUUCCCGCCCCAGCAUGAAGGACGAAUUCCACGAGGACACCAAGGACACCAAAACCACCGUCGCCAAGUUCGUCCCCAUCAACGCGGAGAUCUAG